AUGGGCUGUGGGGCCAGCGUGGAGCUGUCCUCCCUGCUGCGCCGACUGCUGCCCAGCGGCUGCGUGGAGACGCCGGGAUCCGAGCUGCCCUCCACGGCCCCCGUGGAGGCGACGGAGGUCUCCGUGCCACCGUGGAUGCCCAUGCCGCAGAUCCUUCUGUCGCCGGCCCAGCAGGUGGAGCUGGUGGACUAUGAGGGCGUGGUGGAGAGGGUGGUGGGCGCUCUGGGCGACUCCGCCGAGGGAGAGGAGCUACGGCAUCUCGUGCUCUUCCCGGAGGACGACGUCACGCCCGCGACGGAGCCCCGGGAGCGGAGGACGCUGCGCUCCGCCGUCCCGGAGCUGGACGGCGCCGACGCCACCAGCCUCCUCGUGCGCGAGUGCAUCAAGACCUACAACUCGGACUGGCACGUCAUCAAGUACAAGUACGAGCCCUACUCGGGGGACGUGCAUCGUCUUCCCAGAAAGGACCUGCAGACGGACCGGCUCGUGAGUCACCAGUUCGAGAUCGAUGAGGUCACAGAGAACGACGAGGAUUCCGUGUCCAUGGCCUCGCUGAGAAGUGGCGUCACCAAGCAGGGCUGGCUCUACAAAGGCAACUUCACGAGCACGAGCAGCGUGACCAUGAAGACGUUCAAGCGGAGGUUCUUCCACCUGAGCCAGCAGCCGGACGGGUCGUACGCACUCAACUUCUACAAGGACGACAAGAACCUGGCCGAGGCCAAGGGCUCCAUCUUCCUGGACGCGUGCCUGGGCGUCGUGCCGAACGCGAGGCUGCGGCGGCACGCGUUCGAGCUCAAGAUGAUGGACCGCAGCAGCGUGGUGCUGGCGGCGGAGAGCGAUGCCGAGGUGGACGAGUGGAGGGCCCUGCUCCACAAGGUGCUGCAGGGCCAGUUCGAGGCGGCCAUGCAGGACAACAAGGCCCAGGAGGCGGACAGGAAGAGUCGAGAUGACAGCGAUUGCCCUGAUGCAGCGGAGUCGUGCGAGAGCUCCGAUAUUCAGCUGCAGCUCGUCACGGAUGCCAAGACGCACGAGGAGACGACGAGGGUGAGCAGGAAGGAGGGCCGGCUGAACGUGUUCGUGCUCAGCCCCGAGAUGCAGAGGAUGAGCCCCAUGGUGGGCGAGGCGGAGCGGGAGGCGAGGCCGCCGCGGGAGAAGAGAGCGACGCGGCUCCUCGUCUCCUGCCUGGGCUUCAACCUCGCCGUGCAGGCCUGCUUCUCCGACAGCGGAGGCAUCAAGAGCAACGUGGAGCCGUUCUUCAUCACGCUGGCCCUGUACGACCUUCGCACGGCGAGGAAGAUCUCGGCCGACUUCCACGCCGACCUCAACCCCCCGGCCGUGCGUGAGCUGCUGGGCGGCUGCGCGUCGCCCGCGGUGCAGGCCAACGGCGACGUGGCGACGGCCGCCGGCGGCCAAGCCCGGCGGCCCGGGGAGCCUGCCCCGCCUAGCCUGCCCACCGAGGCGCUGCUGUACCCCACUCAGGCCGUGUUCACGGUGUGCGACCCACACCCGGACGUGCUGCUGCUCGUGCGCGUGGAGAAGGUGCUGCAGGGCAGCGUGGCGCAGUGCACCGAGCCGUACCUCCGUGCCGACGACACGGGCAAGGUUGCCCAGAAGUUGGUGAAGCAAAUGCGGCAGUACUGUGGCCGUAUGGGCCAGUAUCACAUGCCGUUCAGCUGGGCGUUCAGGCCUCUCUUCCGCGACGUCAACGGGGCGCUGGACAAGGGCGCCUCCUUCUCCCCGCUCUUCCGCCAGGACGCAGGCAGGACGUCGAGCGACGACUGGCUCCGUGCGCUCGUCGACGUGCACAAGUCAGAAAAAAUGUCGAAACUUCAAACGAUUCCAGGCAGCAUCAAAAUUACUGUGGAGACUCUGCCGGCAGAACAGCCCAACAUGCUGACACCAGGGUUGUCGCCCGUCAUGGCCGGGUGGCGUCUCCCGGAGACCGGCAACAACAGCGGCAGCAACGGCGGCAUCGGGAAGCGGCCGUGCGUGCGGGAGGUGGACGACUUCCCGGCGGAGACAGCGCGGCACGCUCACCCCUACUCGGAGUACGCCAACCGUCUCUACGUGUACCCGCAGCGACUCAAGUACGACGCGCAGAAGAUCUUUCCCAAGGCGAGGAACAUCGCCAUUCACGUGGAGUUCCGGGACUCGGACGAAGAAGGGACACUGCCGCUCAAGUGCAUCUACGGCAAGGCAGGGCAGCCGGCGUUCAUCAGCAGCGCCAACACGGCCGUCCUGCACCACCAGCAGUGCCCCGACUUCUGUGACGAGGUGAAGCUGGAGCUGCCGGUUCACCUGCACGGCAAGCAUCACCUGCUGUUCACCUUCUCGCACAUCAGCUGCGACCUGGGCAAGCGCAGGGACACGGCCGAGGCGGAGGUGGGCUAUGCGUGGCUGCCGUUGCUGCGUGAGGGCCGCGUGCGGACCGGCGUCUCCCAGCUCGCCGUGAGCGUCACGCUGCCUGCCGGGUACCUCUCCUGCCAGAACAUCGGCCUCGGCAAGUUUGUGGGCCCGGAGGUGAAGUGGGUGGAGGGAGGGAAGAGGCUCCUCACUGUGAGCACGCACCUCGUCUCCAGCAUCUACACCAAGGAUCAAUAUCUUCACAACUUCAUGCAGCAGUGCGAGUUCACCAAGUACGGCACGCUCACCGCGCCCAGAGACCUGCUCAACUCCAUAAAGAGCCUCAACGCCAUCGAAGGCCACGCCAUGAUCAGCUUCGUGUCCACGUUGCUCACGCAGCUCUUCCACUUGCUCACGCUCACCGCCCAGGAGGAGAUUCUGCUCACAACCACCAGCUUCCUGGUGCACUUUGUGGACCGGUGCCACGAGGAGGAGCAGGACCACCACCUGCACUCGUACACUCGGUACGUGUUCAAGGCGGAGCCGUGGGACGAGCAGAGCGGCCGCACGACGCACGAGGAGCUCGUGAGGACCAUGGAGCUGCUUCUCGGCUCCUCCGUGGACCAGCAGCUCAACAGCAAGCUGCUGAAGCACCUGUGGUUUUUCUUCGGGAUCAUCAGCAAGUCCAUGGCUCAGCACGUCAUAGAGAACCAGCGGCUGUCGCUGAAGCGGAGCGAGCGCUUCCCGGCAUCGUUCCACCGCAACCUCGACUCGAUGGUGACGCAGCUGAGCAAGCACGUGCCGAGGAUUCACCGGGACACGGGCGAGGAGGCUCGCAGUGCCAACGUCAGCCUGGCCGCCUUCCUGAUGCGCUGCUUCACUCUCAUGGACCGCGGAUUCGUCUUCCGCCUCAUCAACUCCUACAUCACGAGCUUCCCCAUCAUGGACUCCAAGAGGACGUUCGACUUCCGCAUCGAGUUCCUGCAGAUCGUGUGCAACUACGAGCACUACGUGCCGCUCAACCUGCCCGUGCACGCGGAGCCCGGACCAGCGCAGCGCCCACAAGUGCCGGCUCCGUGGGAGUUCCGCGCGGGCGACGACUUCUGCCGCCGCCGCGUGCUGGCCGGGAUGCUGCUGCGCGAGGCGGCGGUGGCGGCGGGGGAGACGCUGGGGGGCGAGUCACGGCGAGCGGCGCUCGGGGUGGUGCGCUCGCUACUCACCAAGCACUCGCUGGACGACCGCUAUGCGCAGCCCGCCCAGCAAUCCCGUGUGGCGAUGCUGUACCUGCCGAUCCUCUCCAUCCUGCACGACAACUACACCCGCAUGUGCUUCCAGGCGGUGGUCACCUCCGACAGCAACCCCAUCCCACAGCCGAGCCCCAGGGAAGACGUUCUGAAUCACGCGUUGCCCAAGAGCGCUUCCAACACCCUGGAGGUGGCAGCCUUCACCUUCCCCUCCACACUGAGCGUGGGAGCCAAGAGGGGAGAUUCUCGCCUCUCGGUCGCGAGCUCCGACUCCAACUCGAGCCUCCACGAACGCAGGAACACAAUGGACCAGGCGGCGACGCUCGUGCUGCGGCCGGACGUGCUGCACGUGGUGGACGUGCAGACGCUGCUGCUGUGCUUCCUGCACGUGGUCAAGCACGCCCCCCCAGAUGCCCUGCUCAACUAUUGGAGGAAGACCUCCAGCAAUGAAAUGUUGGACUUCUUCGGGAUUCUAGAGUUGUGUCUGCACCAGUUUAAAUACCUGGGCAAGCGCCACUACUCCAGCAGUGCAGGGGAGGGCCCGCCGGCAUCGGUGUGUGCACCUGUUCCGGGGGCACAGGUGAAGCGCUCUCAGACGCUGCCCGCGCGUCGCCCCCCACACACGCUGCUGCAGCUGAGACAGCACGGAGGGCUGCUGGGCAGCAGCAUGGGCUCGGAGGUCGAGGCCCAGCAGCAGUGCUUGCUGGCCGCGAACCUCUCCACGGAGGUUUGCCUCACCGUGCUCGACACGAUGGAGCUCUACACGCACAACUACAAGGAGCGGCUGCUGGCGGGUGGUGGGGACGGCGUGCUGAUGCAGCGCGCGUUCGGGGUCUACGUGACGGCGCUGCGCACUGGGCAGUCGGCCGUCGCUCUCGGACACGUCUUCGCUUCCCUGCACACUUUCCUCAACAAGUUCAAGGUGGCAUUCCUGCGAGGACGCAGCGAGCUGUGCGGCACGCUGUGCCUGGAGGCGCUGCGCUGCUGCGGGUCGCGCCUGGGCUGGGCGCAGGCGUGCCUGCUGCUGCACCUGCUCAUGCGCCUCAACUUCGAGAUGUCGGGGCGCGUCGCGUUCUCACGCACACACACGCAGGUGAUCGUGGCCGUGAGCCGCCUCAUGAGCGAGGCCGGGGAUCUGGGCGGCCCCCGCUUCCGGCGCGCGCUCUCCACACUCAACGCCUACGCGGCGAGCGACACCACCGUGAGGGGCAGCGCGUUUGCGGGGCAGGUGAAGGAGCUGACGAAGCGCGUGCGCGCCGUCCUCACGGCCACGCUGCAGAUGAAGGAGCACGAGCGCGACCCCGAGAUGAUGGUCGACCUGCAGCACAGUCUCGCCACCUCCUACGCGGGCAUGGCCGAGCUGCGCAAGGCCUGGCUCGAGAGCAUGGCGCGCAUGCACGAGCGCAACGGGGACCUCUCAGAGGCUGCCAUGUGUCACAUCCACAUCGCGGCACUCAUGGCGAAAUAUCUGAAGAGGAGAGGCGUGUGCGACGCCGAGGGGCGAGUGGAGAGACCGCCGGAGCCCGACGCAAACCCCGACGUCAACGCGGACGACCCCGACGAGAGCAGCAGCAGCAACAACACGCUGCACGACACCCAGAGCGUGCUGAUGCAGGGCAUCGCGGCGUUCGAGAGCAUCACGCCCAACGUGACGGACGAGGAGACCGCCGAGGACGAUGAGUGCGGCACCCAGGACGUGCACUUCAGCGAGGACAUGCUGGUGGAGCAGCUGGAGACGUGCGCCCACAUGCUGGAGCGCGCCGAGCGCUUCGAGCUCAUGGCCGACAUCUACAAGAUGAUCAUCCCCAUCUACGAGCACCGCCGCGACUUCCAGAAACUGAGCGAUCUCUACAUGGCCCUGCACAAGGCCUACGACCAGAUCCUGGACGCCACGCGGACGUGCCGACGAUUGCUGGGCACCUAUUUCCGCGUGGCCUUCUUCGGGCAGGGCUACUUCGAGGAGGACGAGUGGAAGGAGUACAUCUACAAGGAGCCCAAGCUCACGGGCCUCUCCGAGAUCUCCCAGCGUCUGCAGCUGCUCUACGCCGACAAGUUCGGCUCGCAGAACGUGCGCAUCAUCCAGGACUCGAACCCGGUGGACGCGUCGGAGCUGGACCCGCGCCUCGCCUACAUCCAGAUCACGUUCGUGCAGCCCUUCUUCAGCGGCGCCGAGCAGGCCGCGCGGCGCACCGACUUCGAGCGCGGCCACAACGUGCGGCGCUUCGUGUUCGAGACGCCCUACACCGUCGGGCGGAAGCACGGGGACGUCACGGAGCAGUGCAAGCGCCGCACCGUGCUCACCACGUCGCACACGUUCCCGCACGUGCGCAAGCGCGUGCCCGUGUGGCGCGCCUGCACGAGGAGUUUGGGGCCCGUGCAGGUGGCGGUGGACAGCAUGCGCAGCAAGGUGGAGGAGCUGAGCACCCUCUGCUCCGAGUCGCCUGCCAACAUGAUCCAGCUGCAGCUCAAGCUGCAGGGCAGCGUCAGCACGCAGGUGAACGCGGGACCCCUCGCGUACGCCAGAGCGUUCCUGGAUGAGAGCAACUGCGCAAAGUACCCGGAGGAGAGCGUGGAGGAGCUCCGAGACCUCUUCAGGCAGUUCGUGGUGGUGUGCGGCUCCGCGCUGGAGCUCAACGAGACGCUCAUCAAGGAGGACCAGCAGGAGUACCACGAGGAGCUGAAGCUCAAGUACGGCGAGAUGGUGCAGGAGCUGUCCAGCAUCCUGCGCGAGAUGGUGAGACUGGGCUAUGCGUGGCUGCCGUUGCUGCGUGAGGGCCGCGUGCGGACCGGCGUCUCCCAGCUCGCCGUGAGCGUCGCUGCCUGCCGGUUUGUGGGCCCGGAGGUGAAGUGGGUGGAGGGAGGGAAGAGGCUCCUCACUGAUCAAUAUCUUCACAACUUCAUGCAGCAGUGCGAGUUCACCAAGUACGGCACGCUCACCGCGCCCAGAGACCUGCUCAACUCCAUAAAGCUCAACGCCAUCGAAGGCCACGCCAUGAUCAGCUUCGUGUCCACGUUGCUCACGCAGCUCGUCCACUUGCUCACGCUCACCGCCCAGGAGGAGAUUCUGCUCACAACCACCAGCUUCCUGGUGCACUUUGUGGACCGGUGCCACGAGGAGGAGCAGGACCACCACCUGCACUCGUACACUCGGUACGUGUUCAAGGCGGAGCCGUGGGACGAGCAGAGCGGCCGCACGACGCACGAGGAGCUCGUGAGGACUAUGGAGCUGCUUCUCGGCUCCUCCGUGGACCAGCAGCUCAACAGCAAGCUGCUGAAGCACCUGUGGUUUUUCUUCGGGAUCAUCAGCAAGUCUAUGGCUCAGCACGUCAUAGAGAACCAGCGGCUGUCGCUGAAGCGGAGCGAGCGCUUCCCGGCAUCGUUCCACCGCAACCUCGACUCGAUGGUGACGCAGCUGAGCAAGCACGUGCCGAGGAUUCACCGGGACACGGGCGAGGAGGCUCGCAGUGCCAACGUCAGCCUGGCUGCCUUCCUGAUGCGCUGCUUCACUCUCAUGGACCGCGGAUUCGUCUUCCGCCUCAUCAACUCCUACAUCACGAGCUUCCCCAUCAUGGACUCCAAGAGGACGUUCGACUUCCGCAUCGAGUUCCUGCAGAUCGUGUGCAACUACGAGCACUACGUGCCGCUCAACCUGCCCGUGCACGCGGAGCCCGGACCAGCGCAGCGCCCACAAGUGCCGGCUCCGUGGGAGUUCCGCGCGGGCGACGACUUCUGCCGCCGCCGCGUGCUGGCCGGGAUGCUGCUGCGCGAGGCGGCGGUGGCGGCGGGGGAGACGCUGGGGGGCGAGUCACGGCGAGCGGCGCUCGGGGUGGUGCGCUCGCUACUCACCAAGCACUCGCUGGACGACCGCUAUGCGCAGCCCGCCCAGCAAUCCCGUGUGGCGAUGCUGUACCUGCCGAUCCUCUCCAUCCUGCACGACAACUACACCCGCAUGUGCUUCCAGGCGGUGGUCACCUCCGACAGCAACCCCAUCCCACAGCCGAGCCCCAGGGAAGACGUUCUGAAUCACGCGUUGCCCAAGAGCGCUUCCAACACCCUGGAGGUGGCAGCCUUCACCUUCCCCUCCACACUGAGCGUGGGAGCCAAGAGGGGAGAUUCUCGCCUCUCGGUCGCGAGCUCCGACUCCAACUCGAGCCUCCACGAACGCAGGAACACAAUGGACCAGGCGGCGACGCUCGUGCUGCGGCCGGACGUGCUGCACGUGGUGGACGUGCAGACGCUGCUGCUGUGCUUCCUGCACGUGGUCAAGCACGCCCCCCCAGAUGCCCUGCUCAACUAUUGGAGGAAGACCUCCAGCAAUGAAAUGUUGGACUUCUUCGGGAUUCUAGAGUUGUGUCUGCACCAGUUUAAAUACCUGGGCAAGCGCCACUACUCCAGCAGUGCAGGGGAGGGCCCGCCGGCAUCGGUGUGUGCACCUGUUCCGGGGGCACAGGUGAAGCGCUCUCAGACGCUGCCCGCGCGUCGCCCCCCACACACGCUGCUGCAGCUGAGACAGCACGGAGGGCUGCUGGGCAGCAGCAUGGGCUCGGAGGUCGAGGCCCAGCAGCAGUGCUUGCUGGCCGCGAACCUCUCCACGGAGGUUUGCCUCACCGUGCUCGACACGAUGGAGCUCUACACGCACAACUACAAGGAGCGGCUGCUGGCGGGUGGUGGGGACGGCGUGCUGAUGCAGCGCGCGUUCGGGGUCUACGUGACGGCGCUGCGCACUGGGCAGUCGGCCGUCGCUCUCGGACACGUCUUCGCUUCCCUGCACACUUUCCUCAACAAGUUCAAGGUGGCAUUCCUGCGAGGACGCAGCGAGCUGUGCGGCACGCUGUGCCUGGAGGCGCUGCGCUGCUGCGGGUCGCGCCUGGGCUGGGCGCAGGCGUGCCUGCUGCUGCACCUGCUCAUGCGCCUCAACUUCGAGAUGUCGGGGCGCGUCGCGUUCUCACGCACACACACGCAGGUGAUCGUGGCCGUGAGCCGCCUCAUGAGCGAGGCCGGGGAUCUGGGCGGCCCCCGCUUCCGGCGCGCGCUCUCCACACUCAACGCCUACGCGGCGAGCGACACCACCGUGAGGGGCAGCGCGUUUGCGGGGCAGGUGAAGGAGCUGACGAAGCGCGUGCGCGCCGUCCUCACGGCCACGCUGCAGAUGAAGGAGCACGAGCGCGACCCCGAGAUGAUGGUCGACCUGCAGCACAGUCUCGCCACCUCCUACGCGGGCAUGGCCGAGCUGCGCAAGGCCUGGCUCGAGAGCAUGGCGCGCAUGCACGAGCGCAACGGGGACCUCUCAGAGGCUGCCAUGUGUCACAUCCACAUCGCGGCACUCAUGGCGAAAUAUCUGAAGAGGAGAGGCGUGUGCGACGCCGAGGGGCGAGUGGAGAGACCGCCGGAGCCCGACGCAAACCCCGACGUCAACGCGGACGACCCCGACGAGAGCAGCAGCAGCAACAACACGCUGCACGACACCCAGAGCGUGCUGAUGCAGGGCAUCGCGGCGUUCGAGAGCAUCACGCCCAACGUGACGGACGAGGAGACCGCCGAGGACGAUGAGUGCGGCACCCAGGACGUGCACUUCAGCGAGGACAUGCUGGUGGAGCAGCUGGAGACGUGCGCCCACAUGCUGGAGCGCGCCGAGCGCUUCGAGCUCAUGGCCGACAUCUACAAGAUGAUCAUCCCCAUCUACGAGCACCGCCGCGACUUCCAGAAACUGAGCGAUCUCUACAUGGCCCUGCACAAGGCCUACGACCAGAUCCUGGACGCCACGCGGACGUGCCGACGAUUGCUGGGCACCUAUUUCCGCGUGGCCUUCUUCGGGCAGGGCUACUUCGAGGAGGACGAGUGGAAGGAGUACAUCUACAAGGAGCCCAAGCUCACGGGCCUCUCCGAGAUCUCCCAGCGUCUGCAGCUGCUCUACGCCGACAAGUUCGGCUCGCAGAACGUGCGCAUCAUCCAGGACUCGAACCCGGUGGACGCGUCGGAGCUGGACCCGCGCCUCGCCUACAUCCAGAUCACGUUCGUGCAGCCCUUCUUCAGCGGCGCCGAGCAGGCCGCGCGGCGCACCGACUUCGAGCGCGGCCACAACGUGCGGCGCUUCGUGUUCGAGACGCCCUACACCGCCUCGGGGCGGAAGCACGGGGACGUCACGGAGCAGUGCAAGCGCCGCACCGUGCUCACCACGUCGCACACGUUCCCGCACGUGCGCAAGCGCGUGCCCGUGGUGGCGCGCCUGCACGAGGAGUUGGGGCCCGUGCAGGUGGCGGUGGACAGCAUGCGCAGCAAGGUGGAGGAGCUGAGCACCCUCUGCUCCGAGUCGCCUGCCAACAUGAUCCAGCUGCAGCUCAAGCUGCAGGGCAGCGUCAGCACGCAGGUGAACGCGGGACCCCUCGCGUACGCCAGAGCGUUCCUGGAUGAGAGCAACUGCGCAAAGUACCCGGAGGAGAGCGUGGAGGAGCUCCGAGACCUCUUCAGGCAGUUCGUGGUGGUGUGCGGCUCCGCGCUGGAGCUCAACGAGACGCUCAUCAAGGAGGACCAGCAGGAGUACCACGAGGAGCUGAAGCUCAAGUACGGCGAGAUGGUGCAGGAGCUGUCCAGCAUCCUGCGCGAGAUGGUGAUGCCGCAGUGGAAGGCCUUGCGUAACAGCGCCGUCAGGGGCUCCGUGCACAUGUACUUCAACGCGGUGAGCCAGCCAGCCAGCCUGCGCGGGGUCACGGGGUCAUCGUCCAGCGCGUGAGGCCGGGGGCACCGUCCCCGCCGGCUUGUCCUGCAGCGCCGGCGGCAGCAGCAGCAGCGGCAGCAGCAGCGGCAGCAGCAGCAGUGACACCAAUACCACCACCGGGAGUGCCAGCACCGCGCCACCGCGACCGCGCCAGGAACACCUGCACCAAUACCAUCAUCGCCAUCACCAGCUGCUAAUAGCAUCAGCAACAGCGCUCGCAGCAAUAGCACCAACACAAAUGCUACGACCGCCACCACUGCCACCUCCCCUACAACUAUGACCAUCAUCGCCACUGUCAACCGCGCUGCACGUGCCACUACCACGGUCGCUGCCGCCACUCACGACUAACCACAGCCAUCACUACCGCUGUUAACACCGCCAACAACGACCGCCGCUACAACCACCAACUAUCACGACUACCACCAACUACUACACUGUCACAAUCACCACCACCAACCACAACACAACCAACAAGCUCAUUGGCUCACAACCAGUGGCAAUGAACCCCGGCGAUGAAUGAAUGAAGAUGCCUCCGAGCACAUCUGCUGCAUCCGAGGCCAGAGGCGGUGUUCGCCUGCUGCCUGUGCAGCGUGCUGCUGCAUGUGCCACGUGCUGCUAUGAGGAGAGCAUUCCCCCGUGUCCCGAUGGGUCGCCCGGCAACCUCCUGCCGCGUGUGUGAACCUGCAGCGCGGGUGAGGGUUAAGCAGAGAGUCUGUGGCACCGUUUACGGAGGAGGGAGCAUGGCCGUCGACUGCCCCGGUGUCUUGGCUCCCAUUGCGAAGCAGCAAAAAUGGACGUCUGGAAAUCGGCGAAUGACGUAAAUAAAUGUGAUUUUUAAUGGUACGGUUGCAUAUCGGCUCCCCUGACAAAGAGGGAGGAGGGAUGAUUCCAGGUAAUCUGCCCAAAGAUAGUCGAGCGGCAUCUGUGCCAAUCACAGGCGCGAUGUCAUCGCAGAAUCAUAGGCGUGAUGACAUCACAGAAUCACAGGCGUGAUGUAAUCAGGAGUCCGGAUCGUGUGACGUAAGUGGCCGAUGAUGAGGAUGCCACCCCUCGAUGUACGAUGUAAAUAACGAAACGUGACCACUGCCAGCAAAGGAAAUGGCGCUUCCAGCCACGCGUGCAUACGCGUGUUGUAUGUUGAACUUCUUUCGCACCGUACGUUGCCAACCGUGCUAAUCGGAGGUGCUGGGGAAAGGACAACAUACUGAACGCGACAACGAGCAGUUCUAAAGAAAUUUGUCUUCGCUCGAGAUGAUUUAAAAGCGCAUAGCUCCAGCGACUUCCUCAUAUCGGAGGGAAGAGCGUUCCAGACGGCCACGGAGGCGCAUCUCAAAGCGCGCGAUGCGGUGACCGUCUCUGUUCGGUGGCCAGUCAAAAGCCGCCGCUGCUAAGGAUGACCGGGAGCUCGAGCAAUGGUUGAUGCUCCUGGACAACGUCACCAAGGUGUCACGGCUCAUUUGUGGCAAGCACCUCGCGUGUGUAAAAUCGGCAAGAUUUCUCCCCGAUUGUAAAUGUCCUGGCCUCAAUGCGGCCCGAUGUGAGCGUGACCCCGGGGCUGACGAGCGUGACCCCGGGGCUGACGGGCGUGACCCCGGGGCUGACGGGCGUGACCCCGGGGCUGACGGGCGUGACCCCGGGGCUGACGGGGGUGACCCCGGGGCUGACGAGCGUGACCCCGGGGUUGACGGGCGUGACCCCGGGGUUGACGGGCGUGACCCCGGGGCUGACGGGCGUGACCCCGGGGCUGACGGGCGUGACCCCGGGGCUGCCGAGGGGGAGACGGGUGGAGGGAUGACGACUACCAUCUCGCCACGUGUCGUCGUUGAGGCUCCCAGGAAUUUAGCAGCUUGAAAUGUACCCCCCACCACCCCCCGUCCGUCCGUCCGUCCGUCGUGAGGCAUCGCCAUCAAACUCAGACACAUAGGUGACGUCGAUCGAGGCUAUCGACCACUCGAUACGAUUCAUAUCGAUUAACCAUCCACCAUGACCUUACACGGUUGGUGGGGGUGGGGGUGGCACAGCUUUGAUUGGGGAGCCGACUGGCGGCUGAUGCCGACCAAGAGUGGGCCUGGCCCUGCCGCGGGAAUGUGGAAAGUAGCAUUUUUCGUCUAGAAACCAAGUGACGCGGACGAGGAACGUUGCCUUCUACACAAUACUGUAUUACACGUAUCGUCGCGAUUGCGAAUGUGUCGAAGUGUUGUGGGCUUAAAGAGUUACAAGUGUCCGAUUGUAAACUCAGAAAAAGAGGUUACGCAGCAGCAGUAUAAGAAAACUAUUUUAAACUACCAUUGGAACCUCAUUUGCCAGUAAAAAAUAUGACAAUUGGUUUUUUACCCUUCUAUCUGGCAACAUGACUGCAGGUUUUGUGGUCUAUGCAAACAUGACUCCUUGUAAAAAAGGUGUCAGUUUUGUUGCCAGAUAGAAGGGUAAAAAACAAUUAUCAUAUUUUAAACUAUUUAAUUUUAUGUUACCACGUAAGGCCCACUGAGCUGUAUAGCUCUUUUUCAUAAGCUACCUGGCCACAAAUGAUAGCCCAACGAAGUGGCUCAUGCCGUGUGCAAAGUUAUAGCAGCCAAAUAAUCUGAACGCGUGAGGUUUGAUUCUAAAUGCGGAGGGGUGGAGAACAAAAAAAACGGAGGACCCGGAGAGAGAGAGAGAGACACGCAAACUCCAAAUACACAGCAGCAGCAGGCGUCAGGGUCGGGAUCGAAUCCACGACCUCCUGCGUACCAGGCGAGGUAGUUAACAUCUCCUAGCCACCGUGAUGAUGAUGAGAGAGAAAGAGAGACACGCAAACUCCAAAUAUAGAGCAGCAGGCGCCAGGGUCGGGAUCGAAUCCACGACCUCCUGCGUACCAGGCGAGGUAGUUAACAUCUCCUAGCCACCGUGAUGAUGAUGAGAGAGAAAGAGAGACACGCAAACUCCAAAUAUAGAGCAGCAGGCGCCAGGGUCGGGAUCGAAUCCACGACCUCCUGCGUACCAGGCGAGGUAGUUAACAUCUCCUAGCCACCGUGAUGAUGAUGAGAGAGAAAGAGAGACACGCAAACUCCAAAUAUAGAGCAGCAGGCGCCAGGGUCGGGAUCGAAUCCACGACCUCCUGUGUACCAGGCGAGGUAGUUAACAUCUCCUAGCCACCGUGAUGAUGAUGAGAGAGAAAGAGAGACACGCAAACUCCAAAUAGAGAGCAGCAGGCGCCAGGGUCGGGAUCGAAUCCACGACCUCUUGCACGCCGGGCGAGGGAGUUAACAUCUCCUAGCCACCGUGAUGAUGAUGAGAGAGAAAGAGAGACACGCAAACUCCAAAUAUACAGCAGCAGGCGCCAGGGUCGGGAUCUAAUCCACGACCUCCUGCACGCCGGGCGAGGGAGUUCACAUCUCCUAGCCACCGUGAUGAUGAUGAGAGAGAAAGAGAGACACGCAAACUCCAAAUAUACAGCAGCAGGCGCCAGGGUCGGGAUCGAAUCCACGACCUCCUGCACGCCGGGCGAGGGAGUUCACAUCUCCUAGCCACCGUGAUGAUGAUGAGAGAGAAAGAGAGACACGCAAACUCCAAAUAUACAGCAGCAGGCGCCAGGGUCGGGAUCGAAUCCACGACCUCCUGCACGCCGGGCGAGGGAGUUCACAUCUCCUAGCCACCGUGGCUCCCCAAGGAUGCGUGCGACUUGUGGAUACUACGGCAGUUUCGUUUCAUCGGGUUGCAAACUUCACGCGUGAGUGGUUCCUCCUCGCGAGCCGUUUUCAGUUGUUUCGUACACAACUUGGUACUGUGACGACGGGAAGUCACCAUCACGAGCAUCGGCCGUCAUCAUCGUCGUCGUCGUCACCACCACCUAUUUUUUUUACAUAUAUCCCAUCCACUCAUCUCGUUUCACCUCGACCACCGUCUUGUCCCAUAGUUCACUGCACAGCACCUUGGUUUAGGCGCGGCGUAAACGUAUAAGAUAAGAGCAGCCCCUCUAGAUGUGGUCACAUUUAUAUGCCCUGUAAAUAUCAUCAUCAACAACAACAACAAUCUUCACUACAAAGACAAACAUCGCUCAGCAAUAAGCAAUUUAUAUUACACAAUCAACGUUGAUCAGAGCAGCCUCUCCAGAUGUGGUCACAUUUCUAUGCCCUAUAAAUAUCAUCAUCAACAACAUUCUUCACUACGACGACAAACAUCGCCCAACAAUGAGCAACUGAUAUUAUACAAUCAACGUUGAUAAGAGCAGCCUCUCCAGAUGUGGUCACAUUUCUAUGCCCUGUAAAUAUCAUUAUCAUCAACAACAACAAUCUUCACUACAAAGACAAACAUCGCUCAACAAUGAGCAACUUAUAUUACACAAUCAACGUUGGUAAGAGCAGCCCCUCCAGAUGUGGCCACAUUUCUAUGCCCUGUAAAUAUCAUCAUCAUCAACAACAACAAUCUUCACCACUAAGACAAACAUCGCCCAACAAUAAGCAACUUAUAUUACACAAUGAACGUUGAUGGCACGGCUCGGCUCAAACCUCGCUUUGGCUCAAUUAAGCCGGCCUUGAAUGAGCGUAGCUCCAUGAGCUGAGCCUGAUCCGAGCCGUGUCAUUCGAGGUGGAAAACCAGAGCCGAUCCGUGAUUAGGAACACGGCCCUCGAAGUAAUCGUCGUUGUCACCAUCAUCAUCAUCAUCACAACCACCACCGUCUUCCAACCAUCACUGGUGUCAUCAUCAGUCAUCAUCAAUCAUCUUCAACAAUAGCGAGCAUCUUUUUCGAUUGAAAGCUUUCGUGACUGCAGGGAUUCAUCUUCUUGGUUCUUUCGGUAAAGUCACGUAGAAG